CCGCCUCCCGCUCUCCUUGUCUCCUCCAUCCUACUCUUCUGCCCCGACGCUGGCCUCGUCGCCCACAAUGCGGCUCGCCAACCUCCUCCGCCUGCCCUCCUCGCUCCUCCUCGCGUCCCUCACCCUCGCCAUCGCGGCCCUUCCGGUCAGCUCGGACGAGGUCGAGCUGCUCGUGCUCACGCCCGACGACUUCGACAAGACGGUCGCCAGCGGCGUCUGGUUCGUCGAGCACUUCUCGCCGUAUUGCGGCCACUGCCGCAACUUCAUGCCCACAUGGAAGAACAUCGUCCAGGAGAUCGCGAACAUGUCCGACCCGGGCAUCCACCUCGCGCAAGUGAACUGUGCCGUCCACGGCGACCUGUGCAAAGCAAACGGCGUCGACGGCUACCCCCAGAUGAACCUCUACCGCGACGGCAAGUUCGUCGAAACAUACCGCGAGGCAAGGUCCCACGAACUUGUCACGUCGUAUCUGUCCAAGCACGCCGAGCCGACAUCCCUGCCUGCCCUGCCAGAGACCACCGAGGCCCCGGUCGUUACCGCUGUACCUGAGCCUGGGCCCCAACUCAAGGUGCAGGAGCACAGGGAAGCAUACAAGUCGGCUGUCCCUGCGAAAGACCUCAACCCGGAUGGGAAGGUGCUGGUUCUUGAUGACAAGACUUUCCAAAGCGCGGUGGAUGAGGGGCAUUUAUUCGUCAAGUUCUAUGCGCCAUGGUGUGGACACUGCAAGAAGCUAGCACCAAUAUGGGCUCAGCUCGCAGAGCAGUUGCAGCACAAAUUGACCAUCGCGGAAGUCAACUGCGAAGCGUACGAUUCAUUGUGCCGAGCAGAGGGCGUCCCGGGCUUCCCGCAGCUUGUCUACUACGGCGGCAAGGACGCAGGAAAGGUCGAGUACACUAGCGGCCGCAAGCUCGAUCAGCUGAAAGCAUUUGCGGAGAAGGUGUCUGGACCGCCGAUCCAGGAGCUGUAUUACGAGGACCUCAGCGCACGUAUCGCAGAGUACCCUGCGAUGUAUCUUUUGCUUCACCCAUACUCCGACAAGGAUAUCAGCGAUGUCGUGGAGGCUGCCCAGGCUCUGUUCGGCUCUCCCCCGGUCUUCACAUCGGCCUCGCCCCAGUUGUUCGAGCACUUCAAUGUGCAGUCCGACUCUGCCGUGGUCCUCGCGCUGAAGGACCAUGACGCUAUACCCGCCGCUGUCUACCGGCUCCCCGCAACUCGGUCUGCCAACGACAAGGAUGCUCUCGUGAACUGGUUGCUCAAGAACCGCCUCCCGACGAGCAUGGAGCUCGACUCGGAUACCUUCCAAGACGUCAUGAACGCGCCGCACAAACCGCUUGUCGUCCUCGCCGCCGCGCCCGCUGCGGAGCUCCAGGCGACGGCCGCCGAAGUCCAGCGCAUCGCGCGGCAGUGGCGCAACGCGAAGAGCGGUGCCGGCGUCACAUUCGUCUGGAUGGACGCAGGCAAGUGGGGCAAGUGGCUCAAGAGCAUGUAUGGCGUCAAGCCCGACAACGGCCCGCAGGUCGUCGUAGCGGACCAUUCGCGUCUAGUGUACUAUGAUGUGGACCAGUAUGGCGAGAAGAUUCAGCUCACGACCACGAGCGUCUUCUCUGCUGUCCAAGGCGCACAGGCGGCGACGAUCGCUUACAAGCACUCGGAGAACAUCGUUGAGCGUUUGGCACGGUAUCUCAAUAAUAAACUGACGUCCAUCGAGUCGUUUGUGCUGCUCUACCCAUGGCGCACACUGUCCUUUGUUGUGCUCGGAAUCCUCGUUGUGUUUUUCAUUGCGCGAAGAAUUUUGAGUUCAGACUUCGAGGCAGGUCAUGGUGCAUACCGCAAGUCGGACAGGUUAGAUUAGCAUAUAUCUAUCGCCGUUGUGAUGUCCUCAUGUUCUAGGGUAAUCCGUAGUACUUUUUGUCCGUAUUAACCGGGUGGUACAGUAAGCGCAUACUUUGACUAUGCUACAAUGGAUGGAUGCAACGGCAGAUGCAGGCUACACACUCAACCCCAAUACAAGCUCUCAUGUGGGCCGGGCAGCAGCUCACUCGGAACCAGCCCAAGGGGAGACCGAAUCGUCAAGGAGAAUCCCGUUGAUGCGAUUCCACACAGCGGGA